AUGGCGACCGACGACAAGCUCAAGGCUUUCACUGAGAACAUUGAAUUCGCCGGCGAUGGGAAGAAAACUGGCGGAGGCACAGCGGGCGAGAUCCUGCUCGUCUCUGGACGUGACGAAAUACGCAAAGUACCUGUGCCUACCAACGAUCCCAACGACCCCCUGAAUUUCACCAAGUGGCGCAAGCUUGGUGUGACGAUAACAUGCUGCUGGUUCUCCGUCUUCUCUUUGUUAUCCAUCUCCGGCACUGGACCUUUCAUGGCAACCUUGUAUGGCAUGUAUGGCGCAGAAGGGCACAGUGCCGAAGAGAUCACCGGCCUCUCCACCUAUCCCACCAUGGUCAUGGCCUUUGGAGCGCUCGGCUUGUUACCGCUGGCUUUCGUCUUUGGUAGACGUCCCGUCUUCUUGUUCGCUGUCACCUUGGCUUUUAUCUCGAACGUCGCUGCUGCGACCAGUGAGAAUCUUGGCGGUCAUUUCGUUAGCCGCAUUUUUCUUGGUCUUGCAACUGGCGCUACCGAGUCGUUACUGCCUCUGAUCCUCUCUGAUGUCACAUUUGUGCACGAACGCAGCUUCUACUUCGGCCUGUAUUGGAGUGUCCAGAAUUGUGUCAACUCUGGCCUUCUCAUCGCUAUAUCAUAUCUGGUCGCUGCUGCAACCUGGAGGUGGUUCUACUGGCUCUUUGCUAUCACCCUUGGGGUUUCAACACUUCUUGUCGUCUUCUGUUGUCCUGAGACGAAGUUCCAUCGCUCCCCAACGUCACUGAACGGCCAGGUCGUCUUCACAGACGAAUUUGGACACACUCAGAUUCUAACUGAUGAGCAAGCUAUCGCUGCUUUUGGUGAGGUUCAUGGAUCUUCAAAUGCUGUUUCGGAGAAAAAGACCUUUGUACAAGAACUGAGACCAUGGAGCCCUGUCACACCGAAUGGAUCCAAGGUCUUACUCGGAGCUUACCUCAAGAUCAUGAAGAGUUUUACCUCUCCGGGUGUUAUAUUCUCAUUGAUGAUCUCGUCCAUCUCGCUUGGUGUGGGCAUUGCCAUCACGCUCGUGUACAGUACCGUGCUACAAGAGGCGUAUCACUGGUCUCCCAAGUCAGUAGGAUUAUUCAAUGCCGGAGUCAUGCCUGCCUGUUUUGCGGCUAUGCUGUACUCUGGUUGGGCCGCGGACAAGAUCAACGUCUGGCUAGCGCGUCGCAACGGAGGCGUACACAAGCCGGAACAUCACCUGGUGCACAUGAUCGUCCCUGCAAUCUUCGGUGUCGUGGGUAUCGUUCUCAUUGCUGUUUCCGCACAACGUCCCGAGAAGUAUAGCGCGUGGGCUAUGAUUAUUGGUUGGGCUAUCUACGAGUUCUCAUUCACCGCCAUCAUCAUAACUACCACUACGUUCGCCGCCGAAGUCAUCCCCGAAAACCCGGGUGCAGCGAUGGUCGUCGUCGUUGGAGGCAAGAACAUAGUUUCAUUCGGUGCCGCUCAGGGUAUUAUCCCUAUGGUGGCCAAGUAUUCAUAUUUGACGAGCUUCAUGAUUUUGUUGGGUAUCUUCUCCGGCAUUUGCCUGUUAGGCAUCCCCGUCUAUUUUUUGAACCCAAGGUGGAGGAAGCUUGCUACACGGACGAAAGCGUAG